UCUUCUCCCAUAGACGCAUCGAUACACGCACUGUCUUUACCCCUCUUUCUGAGCAGAUUCCUUCGCUUAAACCAAACCCCCCCGCUUUCUUUAAUUCAAAAUUACAAUCUAAUAACCAGCUCCGUCCCAGACCUGUAUAUAAACACACACCACUUCUUCAUUCUCCAUCCCAACACGAACACCAGCAAUCUCAGCUUCUUCUUUCUUUUAUACAUUGAACCUAAUUUUCUUUAAAAAAUGGCCUCUUUUGUUCUCCCAAAACUACUGCUUUUAAUCUCUCUGUUUCAAAUCUCUUUGGCUACGAGAAAGCUUAAUGAGCUUGUGCAAGACAAGCCUCAGCUCUUGCAAUACCACAAUGGCCCUCUUCUUUCGGGCAGGAUCUCCGUUAACCUCAUCUGGUACGGCAAGUUCAAGCCUCCCCAAAGAGCCAUCAUCUCCGAUUUCAUCACUUCCCUUUCAUCUUCAGCUUCCCAAAAUGCCCAACCCUCUGUUUCCACAUGGUGGAAAACCACCGAGAAAUACUAUCACCUUACCUCCAAGAGACAUUCAUCUCUUUCUCUCAAUUUGGGAAAGCAAAUUCUAGACGAGAGCUACUCCUUGGGAAAGUCACUUACAACCAAACAAAUUGUUGAAUUGGCUUCCAAGGGGGACCAAAAGAAUGCUAUCAACAUUGUUCUCACUUCCUCGGACGUGGCUGUUGAAGAUUUUUGCCUAAGCCGAUGCGGUACUCAUGGCUCUUCAUUUGGUUCAAAGAGCGGUCAAAUCAAGGGCAAGAACUACAAAUUCGCGUAUAUCUGGGUGGGUAACUCGGAGACACAAUGCCCUGGCCAAUGCGCCUGGCCAUUCCACCAGCCCAUCUACGGACCACAGAGCGAACCCCUGGUCGCCCCCAACAAUGACGUGGGUCUGGACGGAAUGGUUAUCAACCUGGCUAGCCUCUUGGCCGGGACCGUCACGAACCCAUUUGGCAACGGCUACUUCCAGGGUCCGGCCGAGGCACCUUUAGAGGCUGCAUCGGCUUGUCCAGGGGUUUACGGCAAAGGAGCUUACCCAGGUUAUCCGGGAAGCUUGUUGGUGGAUCAUACGACGGGAGCUAGUUACAAUGCACAUGGAGGUAAUGGGAGGAAGUACUUGCUUCCUGCGUUGUAUGAUCCUUCUACGUCAUCUUGUUCGACUCAAGUCUGAGAAAGGAACUGGCAGAUUAGUAUGUUUAGAGCAGCAUAUGCCAUAUCGAGACGUUAUAUAGAGAGUUCUAGAUACUGUAAUUCAUUUAUUUGUUAUAUUGUUUUGGUUUUCGGACGAAUAAUAGUAGAUAGCAAAUUACUUUGGUUUGCUUCA